CGGGGUAGGAAAUGAGUCCUGGACUCAGAGCCCCUCCCUGCUUGCCUCCUUUUCUCCUCACUAGGGUCACUGCAGACUCACCCUGAAGACUUUCCAAGUCAGACCAGAGCCAUGAUCCUGCAAGCCAUCGCCCUGGCAGCCCUGCUGAGCCCUCAUGGUACUGGGGCCAUCAGGGUGGACCACGUGUCAACAUACGCAGAGUUUGUCCAAACACACAGACCUUCUGCAGAAUACAUGUUUGAAUUUGACGAGGACGAGCAGUUCUACGUGGACCUGGAUAAGAAGGAGACUGUCUGGCAUCUCCCAGAGUUCAUUCAUGCCUUUGACUAUGAUGCUCAGAGAGGCAUUGCUGACAUUGUCGUGGCGAGGAGGAACUUGAUCUCUAUGAUCCAACGGUCCGGACACACCCGGGCCAUCCAUGAGCCCCCCGAGGUGACCGUGUUUCCCAAAGAGCCUGUGGAGCUGGGCCAGCCCAACAUCCUCAUCUGCCACGUGGACAAGUUCUUUCCACCCGUGCUCAAGCUCAAUAUCACGUGGCUGCGCAAUGGACAGCCAGUCACUGAGGGUGUCGCUGAGACCAUCUUCCUGCCCAGCACUGAGUUCCGGUUCCAUAAGUUCCACUACCUGCCCUUCCUCCCCAUGGCCGAGGACGUCUACGACUGCAAGGUGGAGCACUGGGGCCUGGACCGGCCACUCCUGGAGCACUGGGGGAUGUUCCCCUGCCUGCCCUUCCUCCCCACGGCCGAGGAUGUCUACGAUUGCAAGGUGGAGCACUGGGGCCUGGACCGGCCACUCCUGGAGCACUGGGGGUCCACAUCCCCUCUGCACCUGCUCUCCCUAUUCCAUCUUUAUUGUUGCUUUACCUAA